AGUCUGUGACUUUUUUAUCCAAUAAUUUGGAAAAUUUUCCUGGAAUUCAUCUUGGAAAGGUGGAUAAGAUUUGAAUAAACAGACAGAAGGAAUCUCCAGCAUGAAAAGAAUGAGUAUCCACAAACAAAAUAAAGAAUAGAGGUAAUACUGAGCAUAGUAUAUAUGGAAAACAAUGGAUCUAACCCAAAUAGGUGAUUGUCUCUUGUUGUUAAAGAGCUUCAAUGUGUCUCUAUUUGUAAUUUAUACAGAAUCCUGCAGGAUAUUUUCAAUGAGGUAGGAUACUGGAUUUUUUUCCCCCUUCAUCAUAGCUUAUUAAAUCUAUCUUUCAAUUUAGGCACAUUUCUUAUAUUGUUAAAUGGAAUAAAAACUAGUGAUUUUCAUUUCUCAUAUAAUGACCCUUCAUUUGUUUUUAUACUUCAGAUCACUUUGAGUCAUUCCCCAAAGCAAACUACAUUGUACGUGAUUUGGUUGAUCCUACCUAAUCAUUCAUUAGUUUAAGAACCCAGGUUUCUUUCCAGAACUCUUUCCAGGUUUUCCUCAUCUAUCUUAAAGUGGACAGAGCCCAACUAGAAAUAGUCUAAUAAGGAUUUCAUGUAUGGCUACUUAAAAACGCUAAUGUGUUUUUUGGGGGGACUUAAAAUAUUUUCUCUGAUAUACCUCUUAGUCAAAAGUCAAAGCUGUUUAAGAAAGAAGGGCUAUGAAACCCAUUUGCUCCUAGAACUUUUAGAGAUGCCAAUAAAAACAUAUAACAAAAACUGAAAGUGAAAAGAGGAAGGCUGAUUGAGCAAUAAAAUAGAGGAGAGAACGCUAGUUAAAAAAACCUAUUCUAUGGUAACUACAGAGAUGCAUAGCAGAGGAAGGAAGAAAAUUCAGGAGAGGCCUCCUGAUGAGGCAAGACAGGCUCUUAGAUCUCCUCAGUUCUGGACAUCAGCAAACAAGGCUAACAGGAAAUGAUCCAUUCCAUGUGGUCACUUAUUCUGCCUUCUCUAACUCUCAAAGUUCAAGUAGUGAAAUGGAUGACGACAGAGAAAGAGGAGCAGUUAAGUUUUACUUCUUUACUUCUGGCCUCAAGAAAAGAGAAGAAAUGAAAAUAAUGGAUUGUAUACCCACUCUUCCUCAGAGAAAAAGCUCUGCAUGGCAGUCUAGAAGAAGAGGACUCCUGUCAGCCACUCUAUUACUGACACUUCUCUCUGGUGGCCUGGCUCUGAUUUCGUUGUACCAAGUGUUCACCCUGCAGGCUGAGUUGGGGAGUCUCCAGCAUGAACUUCAGGCUUAUCAGAGCAGGACUGAGCAACUGCAGGGCCUGCAGAGCGAGAAAGCAGGAACCUACCCUACUAUUUUUCAGUCAGAAGCUGCUGCUAUCACCAGACGACAAGAGUUCGGGACAGCCCCUGUCACAGGAGAAAGUAGCCCCCAAAUCAGCCUUAGACAAAGCAGAAGGAGCAGAAGAGGUGUUCCGGACUCAGGGGAAACUAGAAUACAAGACUGCUUGCAGUUAAUUGCUGAUGGUACAAGUCCCUUGAUACAAAGAGGUUCUUAUACCUUUGUUCCAUGGCUUCUCAGUUUUAAAAGAGGAAAAGCCCUAGAAGAAAAAGAAAAUAAAAUACUUGUCAAAGAAACUGGUUAUUUUUUCAUCUAUGGCCAGGUUCUAUAUACAGGUACCACCUUUGCUAUGGGACAUCUUAUACAGAGAAAAAAGGUCCAUGUUUUUGGGGAUGAACUGAGCUUGGUGACUUUGUUCCGGUGUAUCCAAAACAUGCCAACUACCAUCCCUAAUAAUUCCUGUUAUACAGCUGGGAUUGCAAAACUAGAAGAAGGGGAUGAACUUCAACUUGCAAUACCUCGGGAGAAUGCCAAAAUAUCCCAGGAUGGAGAUGUCACUUUUUUUGGUGCGCUGAAGCUACUGUGACACACUCAUUAGCACCAUGUUUGGGGUUAUUUCCUUCUCUUUUCUAUACCUCCUGGGAGGGAUGGGGAAGGAGAAUUACUAAAAAGUGGUUACAUUAGUCUUUUCUAUGAACCAUUUGUCCUGGUUUGAUGAAUCCAGACCCUAACAGGAAACCCAACAGACAACCACAACCAAAUUAUAGUGAUAUGAAUGAUGACAAUUUUAGCCCAUUCUAAUAGAGAGGGAAUUAGAAAUAAUUUUUUGACUCUGCUGGUAUAUUUUGUCCUUUGUCUAUGUCUUCAUAAUCAAGGAGGUCACAAUUAACUUAAAAGAGACGAUGAAGAUUCAUUCAAAUGUCAUACUCCAUAGUUUCAUAAAAGAGAAGGUGUUUACAAAAUAUUGUCAUUGAUAAGAAUAAUAUAGAAGUCAUAUUUUAUGUUUAUGUCCAUUUGGUCAGUUUUUUCUACAUAAAAUUCCAUAAAAUAAGACAUUCUACAACAAAACUAUAAAUAUGAAACAAAAAUAAAAGGAAAAUUUAAGGGGUUAACAAUUACAAUAAUAUGUUAUUAAACAAUUUUACCCAAAAUAUUAUCUUAGGUGUAUUAGAACUUUGACUUGUAUCAUGUUAUGUUUAUCUUUAUAUUAACUUUUCUGAAUUACUUGAUGACACACGAACUUCUCAUAAGGAAACCAAAAAAUUAAGUAUGAAGAUAUAUCAAAAUCAUCAGAGAAAAUUAAAAGGAAUUAAUUUGAUAUAUGAGUUUGAAUUGACUUGAGGAGAUAAAGGAAGAUAGAAGGGCUUGUGUGCUAUGGUCAUGGGACAAGAAGAGUUGGACACAACUGAACAACUAAACAACAAGCAAUUUGAAUGUGUUGUUUGGUUACAAAUCAAAUCUAAAAUUUGGAUACAUGUGCAACAUGAACUUCACGAGUAAUUAUAUUUCCAAAGACAUAAGAAAUGAGAAAACUCUUAUUGUUAGAAGUUGAUACCCUAUGACAUCAUUUCCUAUAAUUGUUUCAAAUUGUUUCUAUUGUAAUUUAUAAGUAAAUAGCACGGAAAAGGUUGGAAUUAGCCAUCAUAGCAUUCUGUUGUGUACAUGUGGAAAUAUGGAAGCCAACAUAUAUCAUGAGUUUUCUUUCAUCAAGAACCUUGUCAAAUAUUGCUGCAACUUUUUUUCUUAUUUUACAGCAUUCCAAAGAACUAAUUGAAUUUGUUAAAUCCCCAAAUGGGAAGAUUAUAAAAAUAAGAAAUGUCAUUUCAAACUAUGCUUUAUUUAAAUUAAUUUCUACUCCCUUUGUUUGAAGCUAAAUUUUAUAGUUUUCAUUUGAAAAUCAGUACAUUUCUCCUCACAACACAUAAUUUAAAAACUUUGACUGCUAAAGCAUGCCUAAUGUGGAGUUCUUGGUUAUAUUUCUUAUGUUAGUAAUUUGAAUUAAUUUAAUUUUUUAUUCCUUAUUUUCCUUAUAUGUAUGACAGUCUGGCUUAUAACAAAUAUAUUUGGUUUGUUUUCAUGUACCCUCAAAUUAAUUUAUCAUCUUCACAUUUAUAAAAGAAUUCAAAAUUCACAUAAAUUCAUACUCUAAAUGGAUUAUAAAAUCUGGAUUAUUUUUUCUAUAUUUGAAAAUCAUUGAAUUUAAUAUUAUACUUGAGAGAGGCAACAUGACAUAAUGGAUAGGAGGAUGGCCUAGUCAGGAAAACCUGAGUUCAAGUCCUUCUUCUGAAACAUAUUGUAUGUAAGCCUAGGGGAAAAUCACUUACCUAGCAGUUAACAUAAGUAUUAUUAUUGCUAUUUUGCAGAUGAGAAACUUGAGCUCAAGCAAUUGUGACUCCCCGCUAAUCAUACAAUUAAUAGAUUUCAGAGCCAGAACUAUUCAAGUGCAGUGCUUCUUAUUUGACAUCCCUCUUCCCAUAACUGAUCAUGAACAACAAAAAAUAUUGCAGUAAGAUAUAAGUAGGAUAGAAUAGUAGAAAAUUGGUGUCUGAGUUAGGGAGAUAUGACUUCAUGUCUGAUCAAUGACACGUAUUGGGAUAUUUGAUCCUAACACAAGUCAUUUAACUUUUUCACAUUCUUAGCAACUCUAGUUUAUUAAGUUGUGGAAAAGUUCCAUAUUUUUAUUGGUUGAGGAAGUUUCCUUACUAGGGGUUCCUAUUCCAAUGAAAUUAUAUAUAUGGACCAAAAAUGAAAACUGAAUUUGUUACUAAACAAAGAUCUAGCUAAAGGUCUUAUUUUGUACAAUCCAAGAGAGCAUUAGAACCUCAUAGUGGUUCUAAUAUAUAAUGGUAAAUAUAUACAGACAGAUAUCACACUCUAGAGUGUACAUCUUUAAAAAAAAAAUUGAACAAAAUCUGAUUGUAGAGAGAACAAAUGAUAGCAUUAAAAAUUUUGUUUUGUUUUUAAAUCCAUUUUUCCAAGAGAUUUUGAGUGUGGUUUAAUUUGUUUUGGUAAAUGUUGUGAAAAAUAAAUGGACAAAUUAGCCCAAUUCAUCAAAUUCAAUUUAAUGGCCAUUCUUUUAAAAGUGCCUGUUAUGUAUAAUACAUUGUAUUACCUGUUAGUGGGGAAUAAAUGUAGAAGAAAGAUUGAAUCUGUUAAUCUUUGUUUCAGGAGGUAGAUUUUGACUCAAUAGGAGGGGGUGAGGGGAAGAACUUCCUGCAAGGUUUCAUCUCUUAGUUUAGUGAAUCCCUUGUCACUAGAGAUCAUUAAGUGAAAAGAGAAUGAUCAUUUAUUGUUUGUUAAUGGGAUUCCUGGUUUGGGUUGAAGUUGGAUUAAGUGAUGUAAAUUAGGUCCCUUCAAAUCAAGUUUCUCUAAUUAUUGUAAUAAUAACUGGCAUUUAUAUAAUGACUACUAUGUUUCAUGCAUCAUCCUAAGCGCUUUAAAAUAUACAUAUUAUCUCAUUUGAUCCUCACAACAACUCUGUAAGAUACUAUUUUUAUCCCAUUUUAAA